GUGUCGCUCUGAGACCUCCCAGUACACCGUUGCAUCUACAAGCCAAACGUUUAACCAGUGAUCCCUGGCAGCCCUGUUUACCCUCCUCCACCUCUGGGUGUGGCGUCCCUCCUUCUGCCGCAGAUGGCUUUCCUUUUGGCCGUAUGGCUUCGCUGGAUCUGUCAGGGUGUUGUCAGGAUCGGAGGCUGAGGACACCAUCUGCUCCCGAUUACACACUGUGACAGUCUGCAGCGGGCUUCUGUAAACUCCUGCAGAGAGUAAAGAGGAGCUGCAGGGGGAAAGGAGGAAAAAGCUCAAGGAGGGAAAAGCGCAGACUUGGACGUGACUUUGAAACCGCGGAGGAGCUGAGUCAUGACCGCCGGGAGCUGGGAAACGAUCGCUUUUUCCCAUUACCCUGAGGAUUUCUCUGCUCUUAUUGGUCACUCAGAGUGACUAACUGCUGUCUGCCUGUUUGAGGCUCGGAAACGAUGUUCUCUGUUUAGACACGAAGGAGCUGUUGUAGCGGUGAAAGGACCAAACUUUUAUCUUUCAUAAAGCUGGAGCGGAUAAAGGUUGGACUCUCAGGAAGCUACUUUAUUUAUGGAAACAACUCUUGCAUGAUCUGUUACAUACUUUCUGAAUGUGCUGCAUGCCAGAACAUCAGCUAUACGUCUCCUGAAACGCUGUAUUAUAGACAUAGAAUGAUAAAAUGUUGGACUUCAGUGUCAGAUUCAAGCAGUGCAGAUUAAAACCACUCUGUUGACAUUGUGUGAACAGGACUGCCUGCUCCCUCCUUUUCUGGUGCCACUUUGAGUGACUCCGACUCCAGAAAAAUGGAGGAGCCACAAGCCAUCCUGAAAUUUUUCAGGGCCUUCACAGAAGAGGAAAAAGAGGACUUUGUGAAAGGAGACCCUGAGCUGAUCUUUUACCAAAAGAAAAAUGAGGAUAUGAGUUUUGAAGAGGAGCCGGAGAACAGCGGGGAAAACCUUUCAUACGUUAUAUUGCCUCGAGAGGGACAGGCCAUAAACACUGGAUCUAUAACCGGGAGAGAGGGAGAGAAUGGGUUUGACAUGACGGCGGAGGAGAGGAAUCAUUUCAACCUGAAAAGCAUGGAGGCGAACAUUAAGAAAGAGACCUUUGCAACGCAUCAAGAGCAGAGUAAGAUGCCAGACAUGCGUUGUGAUGACAGUCGCAGCAAUGCGGGUCGUCGAUUAUCACUUCACAAAUGUGCCUCGGAUGAAUCUUCACAACCAAAAUGUCAACUCGUUUCAAAAAGUGACACAAAGACAGACUCUGUCAGCCAGGAUGUUGCCAAAGAUGACAAGCAGAAAGAAAGAAAAGACAAGCAAAACGUUCAAAGCCAGGAGGAGUUUGCGAAAAGCUCUUUGAACGGGGAUGUUUCCGUAGACCCUGAGGAUUCUGGGAAAACUGGAGCACGCACAGUGCAACAUGUCGUGGUUGCGUUAAAUCGUGCAGAACCUGCAGCUGAGGAACGAGGGGAAGGAGAAGAAACAACGACUUUGGAAGAGGAGAGGUCUGGUGAGGAGGAUAGCGAAGAAGAAGAAGAUGAAGAAAAUGACAAAGGAGAAGAAAGAGAAGAAGAACACAAUGAGGCAGAAGGAGAGGAAAGAGAAGAAGAAUACGAGAAGGAAGAAGAAGAGAAGAGAGAUUACUUUCCAGACUUCUCUGCCCAACCCAACCGUUCUUACAACCCAAAACGAGCUUCCCUAAAUAUCCUCAAAAUAUCUCCAUCAGUAGCCAAAAACCCUCCGCCCGGAUCCACCAUAACCAGAGCUACUUUCUCUCCAGGCUCCCACAACGACAGGCAGGUCCAGCUGCCCGCCCUCUUCAGCGGCCUGAGGGUCCUGAGGAAGGGGGUGGUCGGGCCUGCGAACAACACCCAGGUGGCCCAGGUCAAGCGCUCCUCUGAAGGAGCGAGGAGGGAGAUCUUCGGGGAGAAGAGCGGAUGGGAUGCUAAAGUCCACGGAAGCAUCCUGGAUCAGAUCUCGCAGUUCCUGAGCCGGGAGAAACGAGGGGACGAGAAGGAGGAGAAGGAGACCGAAUCGGAGGAAGAAGGAGACGAGGAAGACACAGGGGAGAAGGGCGAAGAGAGCCAGGAGAGUGAGGCGAAGGAGCCGGAAACAGAGGAGGAUGCAGAGGUUCCAUUUGAGUCCUCAAAACCUCCAACUGUGUCCAGUGCAGAGGCAGCGUUCGACGCCUUCAAGGCCUUCUUCACGCCAAGGCCUCUGAAGAAGGACCCAGCAGACAAGGCAGACCUGGAGGCGAUAAGGAAGAGGAUUAAAGCGGACAGAGACGUGUUGAAAGCGCUUUUUGAAAGAUCCCCCAAUAAGACGCCGGAGAAGAACGACUCGCCUCCUGAUUGCAAAUCUGAGGCAUCCACCCCAGGAGAGGGCGAAGAACGAACUCCCGGUCGUCUACAAAACGUCUGGCCGCCGCUGAAAGAGGAAAAAGUUGGGCUGAAGUAUACAGAAGCAGAGCACCAGGCUGCGCUCCUGCAACUGAAGAGAGAAUGCAAAGAGGAGCUGGAGAAGCUGCAGGAGGACUUUGGUCAGGAACUUUCCAGACUGAAGGAGGAAAACAAGAGGAAUGUGUCCUCUCUGGAGCUCAGUCUGUCCGAGCUGCAGGCUGAACUCGCUCAGGCCGGGACUCGCUGUCGUGGUGAACUCAGAGAUGUCGCCGUGUCAACAGGCGAUGAGUUCCUCCACAAGUCUUUCCGCACAGUGUGCGUCCAGACGGACAGAGAGACGUUUGUGAAGACGCCUGAGGACGCAGAGGGGUCAGGGAGAGUCUGCUCGAGCCCCCUGCAGCCCAGGGUGACCCCCAAAAAGCUGGACCUGGCUUCUAUCAGCCUCAGCUUGGCCGGGCAGAGGGACGAAAAUGUGUCUUCCUCCUCAUCACAGGACCCUCCCCCUCCUCCUCCUCCUCCUCCUCCUCCUCCUCCCCCUCCUCCUGGAGCUCUGCCACCUCCAUCAGAUCAACCUCCUGCACCUUCUCAGACAACUCCACCCACCAAAACAGACAGUCUGCCUCCUCCUCCUCCUCCCCCUCCUCCUCCUCCUCCUCCUCCUCCAUGUUCGUCCUCAAACCACAUGCAGCCGUCAAAUGGUCCUCCUCCUCCUCCUCCACCACCUCCGCUAUUUCUUUCCACGCCAGGCUUAGCUCCUCCACCUCCUCCUUCGGGUGGGGGUCUCACAGUGGAUAAACCUCCCAGGAAACCAGCAGUGGAGCCCUCCCGACCAAUGAGGCCUCUUUACUGGACCAGAAUCCAGAUCCAGGAGAACAAUAACAACACGCUGUGGAACGUUCUAGAGGAACCAAAUAUAAUAAAUUCCGUCGAGUUUGAGGAUCUCUUUGCCAAAGCCACCACACAGCCCAAGAGGAAGCCGCUGGCCGAAGCUUAUGAGAAGAAAGCUAAAGCCAGGAAGAUCAUUAAGCUGCUGGACGGGAAGCGCUCUCAGACUGUGGGCAUCCUCAUAUCCAGCCUCCACCUGGAGAUGAAAGACAUUCAACAAGCCGUGCUGACUGUGGAUCACUCUGUGGUGGACUUGGAGACGAUUGAAGCACUGUAUGAAAAUAGAGCGCAGCCAGAGGAACUGGAGAGAAUCCAGAAACACUACGAGACGUCAGAGGAAGAGGAAGUGAAACUGCUGGACAAACCUGAACAGUUCCUAUAUGAGCUGUCUCAGAUCCCAGACUUUGCAGGCAGGGCGCACUGCAUCAUCUUCCAGUCGGCCUUCAUCGAUGGGAUCGCAUCCAUACAACGCAAGCUCAACACCCUCUCCUCCGUCUGUCAGGCUCUGCUGGAGAGUGACGGUGUGAGGGAAGUGGUGGGACUGGUGCUGGCUUUGGGGAACCACAUGAACGGGGGCAGCAGAGUCCGAGGUCAGGCUGACGGCUUCGGUUUGGAGAUUCUUCCUAAACUGAAGGAUGUGAAGAGCAGGGAUAAUCGUAUCAGCCUGGUCGACUAUGUGGUGUCGUACUACCUGCACAAUGUGGACAAGAACGCCGGCACUGACAACAGCAUGUUCCCACUUCCUGAGCCUCAAGACGUCUUCCUGGCAGCGCAGGUCAAGUUCGAUGACCUCAACAGAGACCUGCGACUGCUCGGGCGAGACCUGACAAGAUGUGAGAAAGACGUGCAAGAAGUUUGCUCUGAUUCUCCUGAAGAACACCUGCAGCCGUUUAAGGACAAGAUGGAGGCUUUUGUUGUCAGUGCAAGAAAAGAACAUGGAGAAGCUUCCUAUCAACUGAUGACUGUGCAGAAAAGUUUUCAGGACUUGGUUCUGUACUUUGGACUGAAGCCCAAAACGGGGGAGAAGGAUAUGACCACAGAUCAAUUCCUUAUGCUCUGGUUUGAGUUCUGUGCCGACUUCAUGGCCAGGUGGAAGAGAGAGAACAAGACCAUCUCUAAAGCGAGAUUAAAAGAGGCUCAGCUGUCCGUGAAAAGGAUCACAUCGGAGAAGAAAGUGGAGACCAGGAAGAUCAACCCCAACAGCCUGAAAGAGCGGCUGCGACAGAAAGAAGCCAGCAUGUCUUCAAAUUAACUGAUUAAGGAAGCAAAAACAAACAGGAUCCCUCUGGACGACGACCCGGAUACCGCACCAAUAUUUAAAGUCCAUUUUUAUGUUUUGAACAUCCAAUGGGUUAGGGUUAGAUUUGAUUCUUACAUGUAAAAUCUCAUCUUUACUUUAGCUUUCUGAUAAAUACUUUUUUGUGUAUUAAAUCCAACCUGAAAACAUGUGUGAAUGUGA